GCCGGGUGCUAGCUCCGCCCCUGGCGCGACAGCGGUCGGGAGGGCAGGGAUCGGAGCGCGCAGAUGGACCUGGUAGUCGGCCAGCAGGCAGCAUGGAAGCACCCUGGGGGACCAUCAACGCCGAGCCAGGCUGGUUUGUCUCCGAUCCACAACCCGGAGAGGCGGAGGCGGAAGAGUCGAGCCCGUUGCUAAGCAACGAACCCCACAGACAGGGAUCCCCAGGAGUUUCAUUUGGCUUCUCAGUGUUUAAUUUGAUGAAUGCCAUCAUGGGAAGUGGCAUCCUUGCCUUAGCUUAUGUUAUGGCUAAUACUGGUGUCCUUGGUUUUGGUUUCUUGCUGCUGAUAGUCGCUCUUCUGGCUUCUUACUCAGUUCAUCUCCUUCUCAGUCUGUGUAUUCAAACAGCUGUAACAACUUAUGAAGAUCUUGGGCUAUUUGCAUUUGGAUUUCCUGGAAAGAUGAUGGUUGCAGGCACCAUAAUAAUUCAGAACAUUGGAGCUAUGUCAUCUUAUCUUUUCAUUAUUAAAACGGAACUUCCAGCUGCUAUUUCAGAAUUUUUGUCUGGGGACCAUAGUGGGUCUUGGUAUCUUGAUGGACAAACACUUCUGAUUAUCAUUUGUAUUGGCAUUGUGUUCCCUCUAGCACUUCUUCCUAAAAUAGGCUUUCUUGGCUACACGAGUAGCUUAUCAUUUUUCUUUAUGCUGUUCUUUGCUCUUGUGAUAAUAAUUAAAAAGUGGUCCAUCCCUUGUCCUCUGGCAUUAAAUUUCACAGAGCAAUACUUUCAGAUUUCAAAUGCUACAGAUGAUUGUAAACCAAAGCUCUUUCAUUUUUCCAAAGAGAGUGCUUAUGCUAUUCCAACCAUGGCUUUUUCAUUUCUCUGCCAUACAUCAAUAUUGCCCAUAUACUGUGAACUCCAAAGGCCUUCAAAGAAAAGAAUGCAGAAUGUAGCCAAUACAGCAAUUGCUUUAAGUUUUCUCAUUUAUUUUAUAUCUGCACUUUUUGGGUACCUCACUUUUUAUGACAGAGUGGCAUCAGAAUUACUACAAGGCUACAGUAAAUACUUGCCACAUGAUGUUGUUGUUAUGACUGUGAAGUUAUGCAUACUGUUUGCUGUGCUUUUGACAGUCCCUCUAAUCCACUUCCCUGCAAGGAAAGCCUUAAUGAUGAUGUUUUUCUCCAAUUUUCCAUUUUCAUGGAUUCAUCAUUCUUUGGUUACUCUAGCACUCAAUAUCAUCAUUGUUUUACUUGCAAUAUAUGUUCCUGAUAUUAGGAAUGUAUUUGGGGUAGUUGGUUCUAGUACAUCAACCUGCUUGAUCUUUGUAUUCCCAGGACUAUUCUAUCUUAAACUUAGCACAGAAGAUUUUCUAUCAUGGAAGAAACUUGGGGCUUUUGUUUUGCUCGUCUUUGGAAUUUUGGUUGGGAGUCUGAGCUUAGCACUCAUCAUUUUUAAUUGGAUUAAUAAAUGAAAUAUAUUUUAUCAUGUCCUGUGAAGAAUAAUAUACCUCCAUGUGCAAAUUAAUUCUGGAACAAUUCUGGAAGGCAUGUUAGAUGAAUCCUUUGUGUGGAUGAACAUAUUUGGACACAUUUAGAAAAUGAGAGUGGCUGGGGGAAAGUGGACAUAGCAGUUUUAAUCAAAAUAAACUCACAUGUUUUUAAAUAUAUUAGGUAAAUAUUUCAUCUGUGUGGUUUUUUUAAAAAAUUAGUACCCUACUAUUUUAGGGUAGUUUUAAUGUUUACAGAAAUAUGGAACAGAAGAGUCAGAGUUCCCAUAGUAUUCACCCCAACACACCCCUAGGUCCCCAUAUCAUUAACAUCUUGCAUUUGUGUAGUACAUUUGUUGUAUUUCAUAGGGUAAUAGUGAUUUGUUAUUAUUAACUAAAAUUUGUAGUUUACAAUAGGGUUCCCUUGAUAGAAGCAUUGGUAAUUUUGGAACUUUUUAGGGUCUCUAAAAACUGUGAACCUUGUCCUACAUACUGUAUAAUUGAAUCAUAAUAUGCCGACCUUUCAGACAGGUUCUGUGACUUAGUGAAAUAGGGGACAGCAGGGCUUUGAGUGAAUUCAGGUGUAUAAGUAAAGCCCAAACCAGCUCAAAGCUCAUCAAGUAUUCCUCAGAGACCCAUCAAGGAACAAAGCAACGAAUCCCCGCGUGACACACCCUAGCAACCAACCCUAAAGCAAGACAACUUGAUAAAUUCGUCUGAGCAGCUUUGAAGAAACAAGCUGGUGUGCCCCUCUCUGCAAUCUCGCCUCGGACUCAUCCACUCCUAACAGCUUCCAGUGUACAGUGUUCUUUCCUUUCAUCUUACGGGGUGCACUCUCUUCCUGGGAGUCGUCUGCAUCUCAGCGAGGGGAGUAUAACUUCUCCAUGUGUGGAGAAACCCACGUUCAUCAAGGAAUAUGCGUUCUUCCACUUUUAUUCUUAAAAUAAAGCUAUUUUGCUUCACUGUUGGCCUUCUCCUGCAGUGUUUUUCUGUGAGGCUCGAGACAGGACAUCGGAAUCCCGAGUAGAGGGCGAGGCUUCGUUGUUUGCGUGUUGCAGGAGCCCCCUCGGACUUGUGUGCCCUCACCUCCCCCAGGGAUGGGUGGGCGCCAUGUGCAGAGCAGGGGGCCAGGAGUAGCAGUCACCAGAGACGGUGACUUCCCACCCCCAUACCCUCCCCACAGCAGUGUGUCCUCAGGUUUCUUGUCUUUCUCAGUCCUUGAUUGUGUAUUUCUUGUUAGCAUUGGAUUUCCAUAGCUCAUUGUUUAAUUUAUAAUUUCCUAAUGAUAUCUGGUGUUGCUUUUUUUUUU